AUGUCUUCUGCUCAGCGUCGUCGCCUCGUGCAAGACCAAGCUAGCCUACGAUCUGACCCUCCCCCAGAUUUCUUCUUCCCACCAAACUCAGAGCUCGACGAUCUUUCCUCGCUAGAGAUCUACCUUAAUGGGCCUACAUCCACACCAUUUGAGGAUGGUCUCUUCCUAAUUCAACUUCGCAUGCCAAGUAACUACCCACAAGAACCCCCCAAGGCUACCUUUAAGACAAAGAUUUUUCACCCCAAUAUCGAUGACCGAUCUGGUGAUGUCUGUGUCGGCACCCUGAAGCGGGACUGGAAGCCCUCCACGACAUUAACCGAUGUUCUUAUCACGAUCCGGUGCCUGCUCAUCUACCCCAAUCCUACGAGCUCUCUAAACGCAGAAGCGGGGCAGCUAUUGCAAGAGGACUAUGAGGGGUACACAAGGCAUGCAAAAGUCAUGACAGGUGUUCAUGCGGUGGUGCCGGAAGAGUUGGAAGCGCUUGCCAACGAGGCUAAAAUGAGAGGCGAGGAUGAAGAGAGCGUUUCCACAAAGGCGGCAGUCAUGAAGGCCAAAGAUGCGGAUCCAAAAGCGCCUACUGAGAAGCGGAGGGUGAAGCAAACAGUUAAACCAUCAUCCACAAAGCGCCACGAGGAUGUCAAAGUUUCUACCGUAAAAGACGACUCCGAUUCUGAUGGAGAUUCAGGGAAGGAGAACGAAGAGACUGGAGUCCCACAAAUUACACGUCCUAGGUCUCCGCUUGGCAAACGUCCUAGCCCAAUGCCAGAUUCUGUGCUAUCUAUCCAGCAAACUGUGGUAGAGGAGCAGCAAGAAGCAAGUGGUAGAAAGUCACCAAAAAUCAAAGACGGGCAGACACCAAGUACUUCACAACCAAAACCUAUUGUUACCACGUCUUCAAAGGUUACCAAAUCAACGAAGAAAGUGGUGAAGCCUGUAGCAAAAAAGGUUGGCCUUAAAAGAUUUUAA